UUUUUGAAGUUUAUGAGUCUGAUCUAAUAAAUUAUCAACAAAUCAAAAAUAAUAGUAGUGUUUUUAUAGAUUGCAAUAGACAGUACAUAACUAAUAACGAAAUGGCAGGACCUAUGGAUAGAAUACAAGUUUUAGAUGAUAUUGAAAAAGACAUAAUAACAUGUUUGCAGUGUGCAGCGCAAGCUUUACUUGAAUUAGGUAAAGAAAAAUCUAGCCAGAAACAAGCAGAAAGUAAUACUUCCCAAUUUUUGAGAACACUGAGCCAAGUUGAAUCUAAAUUGAGUGAUCAAAUAAAUUAUCUCACACAAGUGUCCACAGGGCAGCCACACGAAGGUUCUGGAUAUGCAUCACAAAAAGUUUUACAAAUGGCCUGGCAUAGACUGGAACAUGUUCGGUCUUGGAUAAAUGAGUUGGAGAGACUCAAAGCAGCUCAUUUAGCUUCAAGUAAUAGAUCUGUUGCCAAUGUACCUAAUGGUGGAAUGACUUCAUCUGGCACUAGUACAUAAGAAUUAAUUAUAAUAUUUUAUUAAAUUAAUGAUGUUAGCAACAAUGUAUGUUGAUAUUGUAAUGUAAUGCGUGCACAGCUAUGAACUUUGGCAACAUACUGGUUAUUUUAAUUUUGCUAUUUGCACACAAUAUAGUGCAUGGGACGAUUAAAAUUUUGAAAUAGAGGAUGGAUAUGAUUUGUGUGAUGAUCACAUUUAAAGAUCAGAACAAAGUCCUUGAGUUUCUAAUGCAAUAAAGAAUUAGAAUAUAAUA